AUGGUCGAGAAGUGGAAAAUGGGACCUGCCCGUGGUCUGUUGGGGAGGAGCAGAGGGUCCCAGGGGCAGGGGCUGGUCGACGUCUGGGCUGCCCGCUUUGGGGUGGAGGCUCUGCAGAAUCCGUGGAGAGGCGGCGAUACGAGAGCGUCGCACGGUCAGGACCUCCUGAGAGAAUGGCAGGGAUGGGCCAGUUGCCACCAUCUCGAUGGGACGGACUCGGGAAUGGCAGCACUAUCGUCAGAGAGCCAACACAGCACACAACCAGCUGGUAUCAUCAUCAUCAUCAUCAUCAUCACCGUCCGUCCAGAAACCACCACAAGUCCACGCACGAAGCCGUCACUACACAAAUCCGACCAUGUGGGCGACCUCAAUCCGGACCCAGCGCGCCAGCACCCGCUAAAGUCAAGCAGGGAGCCGUCGGAUCAGCUGAUCAUCCCGUUCUUUGAGGGCUCCCAACACAUGUUCUUCAUCGGUUGUCACAUGAAAUCAAGCAAGACAGACGAAGGGCAAGAAGAAGAAGGCGGUCGGGCAAAUUUUAGUCGCCCAUACUCGCUUGGCGUUUUUGAAACCAUCUCGCCCCAGAAAAAGAAGGCCAAGGGCGAGUGCGUCAGGGGCAAUGGUGUGGUAGCGCCACGUGACGCCCAUCUAUCCCUCGCCCAGCCGCUUCGAUUGGCUUUCGGGCCUUCCACGCAACCUUUGGCGGUCCUCGACGGCCUCUCAGUCACCACGGUUGGCGCCGUUGCAAGCUUCGGCACUAGCAAACCAGCCCAAGCGCAAGGGGCCUUUUUGCCGUAAUUGUUUGACACCGUCCGGGCGAGAUUCCUGGACCAAUGAAUGUUGGCCAUCGCGAGGACAAUAAAUGCCAUGAAGAACCCAACAGGUCUCGUAAUGCCAUAGGCUGGUUCAAAUUGCCACCAUUCACAGUAGCCUUCCCUCUCCUCUUCUUCGAGAGGGCUUUUUGUUCUUCUUCGUUUUUACCUAAUGGGAUGGCCGGCAUUAGAGUCCGUGCUGCAGACCACCAACCGAGCGACAUUCUAACAUGCAAAAAUAAAGAGCCUAUGCGAUUGCCG